AUGGCCAGCAAGCAGAAAAAGAAGGACGAGGGCCCGCCCGUUCGGGUUUUAAAUACUCCCGAGGGGGUAAAAACGGAAAAACACGAUGAUAAGAAUAUUGCCAAAGACUUACAAAAACUCAUGCUCAAGCUUAAAGGAGAGCAUAUGACAGGAGAUGGAAAAAACAUAGACUAUGUCGCACUGAAAAGUAGUAAAACAUAUGCAGAAUAUAAAGAAAAAUCAAAGGCCUUGGCACAUGUGCAAUUGGAAUCUUUUUCUGAAGAAGAAAAAAUUGCAUUUUGCAUAAAUGUCUACAAUGCUCUCACAAUACACGGCCUGGUGGAAGUAUCAGGCAAAGAUCUUCCUUCUUCUGUGUUGGAUAUAAAACAGUUCUGGAAAACCACAGGAUAUAACAUUGGGGGUCAUGUUUUCAGUUUAGAUCAUAUAGAACAUGGGAUUCUAAGAGGAAACAGGCCCCACCCUGCCAGCCAGGAUAGUCCAUUUAAACAAAAUGACCCCCGGCUCAAAUAUGUAGUGAAGACAGUAGACCCUAGGAUACAUUUUGCACUAAACUGUGGAGCAAGGUCUUGCCCAGCCAUCAAUGUGUAUACAGCUGAGAACUUGAACAGUGCCUUAGAUGCUGCUGCCAAGGCCUUCAUAGACCAGGAGGUGUUUGUGAACGUCAAAGUGCGCGAGAUCCGCGUGUCCCGGCUGUUCCAGUGGUACAGAUCCGAUUUUGGCAACAUGGACGUUGAUGCUAUCAGGUGGAUCAGGCCAUAUUUGAGUAAAGAGAAAGCUGAAGAGAUGGACAUUCUUCUGGACGCUCUGGAAGCCUCAGGUGGUGUCAACAUCCAGUACUCAGACUACAACUGGAAAUUGAAUAAAGUUCUUCCAAAACCUUAGGGCCGAAAGAAAAAAAUUAGUUUACUAAUUAUUAUACGUGAUAGUGCUUGGUUUGUUGUGUCAGUUCAUUGGUGAUGGUUGGUUUCCAGAGCCUUGUCUUGAUAAACAGACAUG